AGACUUGAAGCAAAGGUCAUAGAGCGGAGCCGAUGAUCUUUGACUUGAAAGGUCUUGGUCUUGCGCGUGCGCGAGCGGCCGGCGCGCGUGAGCGGACGUAUUUCCGGGAUAGUGCGCAUGCGUGGCCUUGCCGCUGGGUCGGGUCGGGCAGCGGGGAUGCAGCGGGCACUCAGGGCAUGGAAACCAGUGUACUGGCAAAGGGGAGUCAGCACUCAGCAGAUUCCAAGCACUUCUGAUAUGCCGAUAAAGUUAGAAAAUCCUUUCAAAGAACCUCCCAAGAAGUGCAUUUUGUGUGGCGUUUCAGUGAAUUACAAGAACGUACAGCUGUUGUCCCAGUUCAUAUCUCCGUACACAGGUCGUAUUUUUGGCAGACAUAUAACUGGAUUGUGUGGAAAGAAACAAAAGGAAAUUUCUAAGAGCAUCAAAAAAGCUCAACGGAUGGGAUUUAUGUCAGUCAUGCUAAAGGACCCUGCUUUCAUAAAGGAUCCAAACAUUUGUGAUUACAAGAUAUGGGAAUAAUCAAUAAUCUGUUAAUGGUAUAAUGUUUCUCAAUUAUAUUUCAAUCAAUAAAGUAAAUUAAAUUGUAAUAAAUGUGUUGUUCAUAUUUGUACAAAUAAACUUUCAUUAUAAAAGUG